UUACAUGCCAUACAAUAACUGUUCUGUCCAUUUGCGGGCACUAUUGUCCUGUAGUCAGCGCUCUACAUCUGCAGCACCACCGAAGAAGGAGCGCAGUUGCUGCAUGCCUGUAACGAUGGCGGCCCCCUUGAGAGGAAGCAUAGUAACAUUGGUCAAGGGACUGAGCGGCCCCCGGUGGCAGCAGCUGGCCUCUCGACCAUUGAGUGUGUCUGCUGCUCUCUGUUGCCCAGAACCCCCGCCGGCCCGCGCUGAUGCUACCUUCAAGGUCACGAUGGUGCCAGGGGAUGGAGUGGGACCUGAGCUGAUGACUGCUGUCAAGGAAGUGUUCAAGGCAGGAGAUGUCCCAGUAGAAUUUGAGGAGUUUCACCUGAGCGAGGUACAGAACAUGGCAAGUGAGGAGAAGCUGGAGCAAGUGUUAACCUCUAUGAAGAACAACAAAGUGGCCAUGAAAGGAAAGAUUCACACGCCCAUGGAGUUCAAAGGGGAGCUGGCUUCAUAUGAGAUGAGACUGAGGCGUAAACUGGACCUGUUUGCUAAUGUGGUUCAUGUGAACAGCCUGCCGGGCUACAGCACUCGCCACAACAACCUGGACCUGGUCAUCAUCCGCGAACAGACCGAGGGGGAGUACAGCUCCCUGGAGCACGAGAGUGUGACGGGCGUGAUCGAAUGUUUGAAGAUCAUCACCAGAGUGAAGUCGCGGCGCAUCGCCAAGUUUGCCUUUGAUUAUGCCACCAAGAAAGGGCGAAACAAGGUCACCGCUGUUCACAAGGCCAACAUCAUGAAAUUAGGUGAUGGCCUGUUUCUGCAGAGCUGUGCGGAGGUGGCACAACUGUACCCCAAAAUCAAAUAUGAGACCAUAAUCAUUGAUAACUGUUGCAUGCAGCUGGUCCAGAACCCAUACCAGUUUGAUGUGCUGGUGAUGCCCAACCUGUACGGUAACAUUAUUGACAACCUGGCAGCAGGGCUGGUUGGAGGAGCAGGAGUUGUUCCUGGGGAAAGCUACAGUGCAGAGUAUGCUGUAUUUGAGACUGGCGCACGCCACCCCUUUGCACAAGCUGUCGGAAGGAACAUUGCCAACCCCACAGCCAUGCUGCUCAGUGCCGCUAACAUGCUCAGGCACCUCAACCUGGAAUAUCACUCCCAAAUGGUGUCAGAUGCUGUCAAGAGGGUCAUCAAACAGGGCAAGGUGCGGACACGAGACCUUGGCGGGUACUCCACCACCGGCGACUUUGUGCAUGCUGUUGUGGAAAACCUGCGUCACCGACCUGUUUAACAAGAUGUUUCGUCACACUCCUCCCUGACAUUUCCUUAAAUCUGGACAUUGUUCUUAACAUGAACUGGACCCAUGUUAAGACUCAUCUCCCCUCUCACUGGCAAAUGGCAUUUGUGCCACACAGUUUUUCAAACACCAUCAGUUGCAUCCAAAUGUAUCUGGUUUAAACUGGAUUUGUUGGUUUGAUCUAGUGGAAUCAACAGUGCCUUGUGUUGUACUUUACUAACAAAAUGUGCAGCUCAUAAGGCUUCCUCUCAGAGAUUUACAUCAUAAAUCAUCUUUCAUCAUCAUCUUUCCUCAUAGUGUCCAUCUCUCUCUGCAUCUUUGUACUUUUGCAGUUUUUACUUGGCUGAUUGUUUGGUACAGACCCUAACAAAUGUCACAUCAUCAUGAUUUUAAUAGGGGUUUUUUUAUUUUCAGUGAAAAUGAAAAUUGUGAUACAAAAAUGAUCAUUCCCACUAAUUGUGAAUCAUAUCGCAAUAUCUGUCAAAAUAAUUGCAAUAUGAUUUUUUUAUUUUUUUUUUACCUUACUACUUUUCACUCAUCAUACGGAGACCUUUUUGUUGCGUAUUUUCAUGUCCUCGUGCUUGUGUUUCAGCCUACCUUUCUGCCAUCACACAUUGUUAGAAACUGUCUGUAAAGUUACCAGACUGCCUUUAUCAACAGUUUAUAUUGGCUGAUCUGCUUUUGCCUCACGCUUCACCACCAGUUUAUCUCACUCUUUUCUCAUUUUUUGAUAGCCUCUUCACUCAUAACUGAAACAUCUAAAGACUGACUCCUACUUUAACGCAAUAUACAAUAUGAUAACACUGCUGCAUCAUGACCAACAUUUCUAACCCUAACCUAUCUACACUAGGUUGAAUUAUGAAUUGGUAUGCUGUAAAUUAUCUAGUUAGUUUUUAGUCUUGUGACAACAAAUUAACUGGGGAAAGUUAUCAUUUUUAUAUUUAAACAUCAUUUCAAAGGACUUAUAAACAAGUUUUGUAUAAAAUGGUGCUGUUCAUGCCACUGAUACUGUAAGAAUUUAAAGCACUGCUCUAUCUCACAAGUUCAUCUGGCAUGCUUUUUGUAUUGCUGUGUUGCAAUUUAAGAGACUUAACAAGUAGUCAGUUGUUAACCACAAAUAAUAAAAGAUAAAGUAAUUUAUUAGUAACGAUACUCUUGUUUUGACCUUUGGCGCAAUGAAAUUUGUCAAACCUUCUGGAGAAUGUAUACCACCACCAGUGUAAACAGUGUAAUGUCAUUUCAUACUUGCAUAAUAAAGCUUGUCAAGUGUGACGUAAUAUUGAAUAAAUAAUAAUUUAAUGUUACUACUAAUUAAUAAGAUAAGACUAGAUGCAUGUUGGACGAUAGCAAUGGAUUCUCUCAUUAACAUUCAAAAAUGUUUCUGAACAUUAAAUACUGUUUCUGGUUUAUAGAUGUACCUAAUUUAUAUACUGGUAUAUUUUAAUUCUCAGCUUCAAGGAAUGCUAAAAAUAGAAAUGUAAGAAAAUAAAGAUGAGAACAUACCUCAGGAAAUGAAACUGCUGCUUUCUAAAAGUAUGCAUCUCACUGAUCACACUGUGUAUUCUGUGAGUGCAGUUUUUAAAGGCUCUCUAACAUACAGCCCGUGAUACUGUAUGUGGACAUGUGUUGCUGCAGCUGUGCAUAUUAACAAACUGUCCUUAUGUUUGCAACAGGUGCGCACUGGAGACCUGGGGGGCUAUGCCACAAGCGACGAGUUCACCCGGGCUGUCAUUGCUAACCUGGCAGUCUAAGCGUUGUAUUUGCAAAUCUGUCAGCUGCUGAGACACACACGCGCUUUUUUAUUUACCUCCUGUUAAACUGAUCUCUUGACUGAUUGAAUGCAUACAGUGUGUUCCAGCAACAGCACAUUUUCCAACUUAAACACAGUAAAAUGCAGAUGAAAUAUUAUGAUAUCCACAAACUUUGGUUGGCAGUUGAGCAUAACACAUCAACUAUGACAUCUAAGGCAAAAAUGUGUGUGUUGAAUAUGCCAAGUCUUAUAAUCAGCACAAAACAUGUUUCCAUGCUGUUACACUGGUCUGGUACACACUAGACAUUCACAUCCUGUUCUGUGGCAAGAUCCUGUAAUUUCUGCUUAAUGGUUUUAUGUCUGGACAUUAACCAGCAGUCAAAACAUGAUGUAUGUACACUUUGAUAUUAUUUAUUAACUUCAGGUUUUAGCUUUAUUGCUUCUUCAUUUAUGAUGAGACAUGAAUAAUAAAUAAGAUAUGACA